ACACCAAGUAGUCUGGCAGCAAGCCUCUUUCCACAAUGUUCCACCGCCAAACGACGCCACCAUCCGCCCCCUUCAACUACAUUCCGGGCAGUGUUGGUUCGGACGGUACCUUCUACUCUCACGACUCAUCGCCGUCCGAUUCCGUCAACACCGCCCACACUACUCCACCUCGGUCGCCUAUCAGACAACAUGGACCACUCCUCCUUCCCAAGGUCCGCACACAAGAUCAGAUCGCCGAACCUACUGGUGGCCCAGUCAGACAUCGCAGGACGACGUCGACCUCUAGUUUGGGCUAUGCCUCCUCCUACAGCCCCUACUCCCGACCUAGCUCCAUGAUCCGUCGGGGCUCAAGUCCUUUCAACCACCAUAAUGCGCACAACAGCGCUCUCACCUCUCCCGUUUCGACGUCCUCAUACGACCUCGGCCUUACCUCUACCCUUAAUUCUCCCAUCACCUUCACACAACCCGAAUCCCGACGGGCUUCUCUUGCCACACAUGGCCGCUCGCACUCUGCUUCGGGCUUGUCGCGACACCAGAGGGCUGGCUCAGCUGGAAGCGUCGACGAGUCUGUCAUUAGCCGCUAUGGCUUCCCUACCUACCGCAACCUCCCCUCCUACGUCACAUCUUCAAGCGCACCUCAGACCACCUUGAACCCUGUGACUUCCCUCCCUGCCUCCACCUUUCCUGGUGUCCAAGACGUCUCGUAUACCACAACUACCACCAACGACUUCAACUUCACUGAAUUCGACCCAGCCCCAGCCGUCCAAGCCGUCCAAGCCGUCCAAGCUGUCCAAUACCCCUUCGCGACAGACGUCAGCUUCGACAACUUCGAAGCCGUCCCCACCUCCUCCCUCCUCGACUACCUCACCGCACCCAAUCCUUCCCCUGCUCUCGUCCGCCGCCUCACCAGCGCACCACGAGGCAUCCACACGCACUUCUGGUGGGACAUUCGCAACUUGCGCAGCUGGACCGACUUCAACAUCUCCACCAUCACUGCCAUCCCCUCGGUGCUCCCCCUCCUCGAAGUCCCCGUCUCCUCCUCCUACCUGCCUGAGCCCACGCGCCAGAAUCUCCAGCCCGAAACCGAGACCGCCCUUCACGACAUCUGCUCAAACUACUACGCCACCAAGGUCAAUGCCGCGCUCAAAGUCGCCCAGGGAAACACGCAUAUGAUGAUGCGCACGUGCAAGGCCAUCCCCGGCGCCCGUCCCCAGCCCGAGUACGUUUCCAACUACCCUUCCGACUACGAGAAGACCAUCUUCGGCGACAGCCGUGGCCGCGUCGUUGGUCUCGUCAAGUGCUACGACCAGUGGAACACGGGCAUGCGCGGCGAGUCUCCGCCAAAGCAGGUCUUGUACCUGCAAGGCCUCGCGCACCUGCACCGCGUGAUGCGCGAGCACGGCUGCCGCUACGGCUUCAUCAUCACGGAAAUCGAGCUCCUCUGCGUGCGCUGCGGCGGGCCCUCGGACGCCUCGACCGUAGACCCCACAACCGUGAACGCAAAGAGCGGCACCCCUAUCUUCGGCUACCUCGAAACCUCCCAGCCCAUCCGUCUCUCGGCCCACGGUCCGCACCCCGAGACCGGCGAGAUCCAGAUGACCGCCGGCAUCGCACUGUGGUACCUGCACAUGCUCGCCAAGGAGAACCCGUUCGAGGGCAUGGGCACCUGGCGCAUGGAAGUCGGCGGCCCCGCGGCGCUUACCAGGCAGACGUUCUUGGAGAAGGAUGCCUGGAUUCCGAAGCCGCAGAUGAGCGAGAAGAGGGAGGCGAAGAGGGUGCGGGGGUGGGUUAUGCCGGAUGAGCCGCUGAGCAAGAGGGAGUGCGUGAGGGGGAAGAGGAAGGGGCAGGUGUAGAUCGCCUUUGCCCACCCCACACGAAAACACAAGGAAUAUUGGGUAAUGUUCGAGCUUAUGCGCUCGCUGGUCAAAAUACGGAAGGGCAUAUGCAUUAUUAGGCGCUCUCUCUCAUUGCGACUGCUACUGUAAGGCUGCUGGAUCAGCGGGUUUAGCAUUAUUCUUUUUCUUCCAUUUCAAGUCGUCUUUUCCAGCAUUUUACCGGUGUCUAUCUUGCAUAUGGUCUCGGCGUAGCAUUUGUAGGCGUUUUCUGCUUCUUAGCCAUAAUAUCCAAUCCGUGUGCACUCCAGCAAGCCCUGAACAGUUCGCAACCUGACUUCUCUUUGCAUCC